AUGCAGGAGGUAAAGAAGGUUAAAGAGUAUGUAGAUUGGCUUAUGAGUGUAGUGAACAAGAUUAGAUUGUUGGGAGUUGAGAUGAGUGACAAGAUGAUAGUUGAGAAAGUGUUAGUCAGCCUAUCGAAAAGAUUUGAGUCCAAAAUAUCUUCCUUAGAAGAUUCAAAGGACCUCUCCCAAAUCAGCCUCACCGAAUUGGUUCAUGCCCUACAGGCCCAAGAACAAAGAAGGUUGAUGAGGCAGGAUGACUCAAAUGAAGGUGCUAUGAUGGCUGCUCAAAAGGGGUUGAAUGUGAGGUGCAAACAGUUCAAGCACAUUGAAAAAGUGUGCAGGAAUAAAAAUGCACAGCCACCACAGCAAGCACAAAGUGUAGAAGACCAACAGCAUAGCAGUGAACCAGAACAGCUGUUUGUAGCUUCAUGCUACUCCAUGCAGACCACCGGUGAUGUUUGGCUAAUAGACAGUGGUUGUACUAACCACAUGGCAACAAAACUGGAGAAUUUUGUCAGGAUAGACAGAACAUACAACUCCAAGGUCAAGGUGGGAAAUGGUGAGUAUGUGAAGGCAAAAGGGAUUGGAGAUGUGGCUAUCCAAACUCAACCAGGUACCAAGAUCAUUUCAAGUGUUUUAUUUGUUCCUGAAAUUGCAUAA